CUUUCUUAAUUUGAAAGCUUAAAGUCGAUUCUUAAACAUGUUUCGUUGUUUUCAACUUAACUAGACAACCUUUUACGAACUGUCAGUGCAUGUUUCGCUUGCUGUGAAAAGGAUACAAAUGUGAAAAACAUCCUUUUGCAGAGCAGGGAGCUUCGCACUUAUUUAAUUGAGAGCGUAUAAGAAAAUAUAUGUUUUUCGACUUUCUCCAGAGAAGGAAAAAUUAGUGUGUUAAAAAACUAAAUAAUUGUAUUGGACAUUAUUUGGAUGUUUUCUAUUUGCUAGUUAUAUUGAACAAAUCGAUAAUAGAAUAAAACAUAUCGAGCUGCUAAGGAAAAUAUUGAAUCUCUUGAUCGCCUGUGUUUGGAAUAAGUGAGGAAGCUUGAACAAAUUAUAAAGAAAAUCCAGUAGAUUAUUUAGUAACUGUUAAAUGAGUCCUUAAAAGACUUAAUCUAAACUAGGCUUAACAAUACUGUUAAAUCGAAACCCCCAUUAUUCUAUUAUUUGGUUAACGUACCAAAUUUUUAUCUGCCCGAAAUAUAAUGGCUCCUUUCAAACUCAAAUUCCGCAUGGGUUCGUCUCGUAGCACAUCCCAGGAGCAGGAUGUUACUAUAGAUAAUCAGGCGAAUCAGAUUGUCCCAAACUAUCUGAAUAGUAAUACCUUGGGCACCACAAAUUUUGGUAGCAGCACUACCCUAGAUUCAGAGCAGAAUGAUAGUUUAGUUUCGAUGUGCAACGACCAACGGGCACUAAUUCGGGAUCAGGACUCACCUCGCGAGCAUAUAGGGUACGUGAAUCCAUCAUUGACACAUACGGAAAAUAACACGAUACCACUCAGCCCACCACCGUCUUACGAACAUGUUUUAGAAGAAAAUCGUCUCGCAGCUUUGGAUAAGGAGAACAACAAAACAUCGAGUGUGAAUCUCUCGCUAUCAAAUUACGAGAUGUUUGGGAGUAACCAACAAUUAAACGUAAAUGCUUCUGGGUUAGAACAGCAGCAAAAUCUUCCUGAACAACAAUCCCAACAACAAGAAACGCCAAGUGCAACAAGGAAACAGGAAAGUGUCGAUUCAUCGCUCUACUCCUGCAGUUCAACUACAUCACCAUCACAAGAGAAUUUACUAGGUUGCACCGGUUCGUGUGAUCCUCUAUAUACCAUGGUUAAUCAGCAACAGAUGGAGCAGCUUGCCGAAGAAAUGGAAGACAUGCACAUUGAAGAAACCUGCCUUUCAACAGAAAAUCUAGAUAAUAACUCAUUCGCGGAUGAGUGUCACUCAUAUAACUCACACGCAUUUGAAGGGUCGUCCACCGCAUCGAUGAUGGUGCAACAUGAAAUCAGGGGUCCGGAAAUACUGUAUAAAUCUAGUAAGCAACUGUAUAAAGCAGUAGCUAAGGAAUGCGGUAUCACUUGCAAAAUGUCAGACCAAUGUCGAUGCUUGGAUUGUCAAAGCCGAUAUUUUGACUGUGAAUAUGAUCAGAACGAAAACGAAAAAACUGACGGAGGUUUGGGAGCUGGUACACCAAUGUUCAUCAGUGAGGUGAUGCACGGUACGGCUUGCACUAUACUUUAAACAAUUAAAAAUCGGUACUAAACAUAACUCAAUUCCUGAGGCCCUACUUGCUACUAGUCAAAAACUACUAUAUAACAAGUAUUAGAGACAGAUGAAUUGCACAAAUGUAAUGGUCAAAGAAUAGGAAGUAUUUGAACCUUUGAUCAAAAUUGAAGCCUUUUUGAAUAUCUUUUUAUCUUAUCGAUAGUACACCAGACUUGCAGUAGGGUAACAAAAAAAUAAAGAUUUCAGUGAUGACUUUUAUAGCUACAGUAAAGUCACAUUAUGAGCAACUGUUGGUUAACAUACUGUUGAAUUACGAAUAGCUAUGAAUAUUCACUUUAUUUGAUGUACUAUUGCAAGCAACAAAUAGAAACUAGAUUGAUGUACUAUAAAUGCAAAUAAAAGAGCCGUAACUCUGUUGGAAAAUUCCGCGCCAGGAUACGGAACUAAAGUUCGCAUAUAUAUGGCCUUCAGAAGAUAACCGGUAAUAUAAUUACAUUAGUGUAAAACGUUAUUAAAAUUAUGUUUUAAUAAAUUAACCAAACAUGCUACGAAUAUACCUAGAAUACCUGUUGCCAUAAAAAGGUCAUUGAUUUUUUCCAUCCCAUAGGUAAACAACUUUGUUCAAACACAAAAUAUCCAUAAGCUUUAUCUGCAGAUUAGUUUUAGAAAAUCCCGUACAAGAAGUUUUCUUUGACAAUUGCGUAUUCCAAUUACCCAUCGAAACAUUUUAGUAGUUACAAUAUUGGAAACAGUAAAGCCAACAGAAGAAGUAAUCAGAAUUUGUACUGAACAAAAAGCAUAUAUUUACAACUGUAUUUGCAAAAAAAUAACUGUAUACAUGAAGUAAAUGUGCAAUAUGUGUAUCUGAAUCUAUACGACACAAAUCUAUACAUAACCAAAUGCACAAUCAAAUAUUUGCACACGUGAAUAUAACAUUUGGUACAAGCAGUACCAUUUUGUUGACGAGAUCUGUUUUGAUGAUUUUAAAUGCCUUGAAGCAUCUUCACUCGCAAAAACUAUCAAUUUCACGGGAACGGAAACAUACAUUUAUAUUUUUUUCACAUUUAGCUCAGUUAAAAAAAGCUAGUUUAACCACCGGUCGGUGUAAUGCUCCUUGCUAGAUUGUCAUUGGUUGGAUGUAUUAACCUGUUCACAGUACAGCGGAUAUCAUGUGAUAUCGCCAUAGGCGUUAGCUUUAGGGGGUCAACACUUAUACCAGGGGCAGCGUUUUAUUUUAGAAAAUAAAAAUUUAAUUUCUGAGUAUUUUUUAUUGAAAUUACUUUUCAUAGUGGACAUUUACAGCAGAUGCUUUGGAAAAACUCUUCCAUUAGUUAACUUUACCAACUUUAAACUCUUUUCUAAGAUUUCACAGGCGGCACGCUCUGAUUCCAUGGGUAUUUAUCCCAGAAUUUUUGAAUAACCACUUGAAAUUAUUCCAAGUAGGAUUUGCAAUCCCGGGCACAAUUUCCCGGGAAAUGUCUUUUCCCGGGAUUUCUAGAUCCUGGGAACAGAAACAUUGAUUGCCGGGAUCCCGGGAUUACCGAGUUCCUCGAAAAAUUUCGCAAGAUUUACUGUACUAUAAUCCAAUAAAACUAAAUACACUAUCAAAACUCGAAACUGACGUCGUCAAAAUGUAUAGCAGCACUAAAGUAGGCAUUACACGAAGCAAAUAUUUACUUGAAGUGACGGUCAACCUUUGCUUGCCGUGUUAUAUCAAAUUAUUCGCUUCAAUUACUUUUCCAAAAUAUCUGCUUUCUUAUUCAGUAAACGAGAAAUUAGGCAAAUAUUUGCUUUGCCUAAUGUCAUUCUUUGCUAAUUAGUUCACUACUGAACGAGUUUCGAUUAUUAGUAUUCUAUCAUUUCCUUCCGGUUAGUCUCGUUCAUUCACAGAAAUUUGUCAAAAGGCAACGGUGAUUCAGCGGACUUAAGUUAAGUUUUACAGAAGGAAAUUACAUUGUUAUGGCCUAACGGAAAAUUGUCAGCGGAUCUGAAGCGAUUGUUCGACGACAUAGAAACCAUGAAACUUCCUUUUCUGCAAAUAUUAGCAACCAAAAUCGAUUGUGAAUUUCUAAUGUAUUUUUUUUUUGUUCACACAACAUUUAUUUGACACGGCACAAUACAAAUUAAUGUUUUACGGAGCCAAUUAAAUCUAAUGCCUCAUGGUCUAAAAUAUCUUAUAAGCUAAAGGCAAAUUCUUUACCCUCGCUGCCGACUACGAGCUGAAGCUAAAUCUAAUACUAAAACUAACAUGGUUUUUUUUUGUUUCGCUGUUAAAUUGGCACCUUGAUGCUCUUCAAGUAAUUUCUUAUGUAAACUGGAAUAUGUUUUUUAUAAUUCGUUUAUCAUGCAAAUUGAUGAUGAAAUUUUAUACGAUUUUUUGUUACCUUUUAUUAAUAAACUAUAUUUGAAAUCUCAUUUUUGCUGAGAAAAUUUUUUUCAUUCCCGUUUCCCAGGAAAUCAAUUCCCGCGAAAAAUGCAAACCCUAGUUCCUAAUUGAAGAUCUCAAAUCAACAAGCUUCGAAACCAUGUAGGAACAGAUAAAAAGUCCAUUGGGCUCAGAUCUGAGGAUGUGAAGCUCCAUUCAUUAUUAUCCAGAAAAUCUGUCAAAUUAUUCCUGCACCAGCCUUGAACCAAUUCGCAGUAUGCGCUGGUGCACCGUCUUACUGGAACGAAUAGUGGUCAUCUCCGAAGAAUUUUCGAAACCUCUCGAAAACUUCCGUUUUAUAAUAAACAGCAUUGACUUCGACACCUUUGUCGAUGGAAGCCAGGUGAAGUGAAAGUAUAAUUUUAAGUAAUAUAUUUCUAUGAUUUCUGUGGAAUUUUAAAUGUAAAAUAUUUUCUAAACUAUCUUUUAUCCACCCCCCCCCCCCUUAAUUUAUAAAGUUUGCAUCUAUUAUUUUUUUCCGCGAAAACUAGAUAUUUGGAAUCUGAUAUCAAAAUACGCGGUAUCACAUGAUAUCCAUUUUAGUGUGAACAAGGCAGAAAACUAUUUAAAAAAAAUUACCUUGAUUUCAAAUCCAUCACCUUCAGAUAUUUUUCUAUUCUCUAAUAUUUAUUUAGGAUAAAUUGCGAAGCAUAACGGAGCCGAUUUAAUUAAUGGAGUAGGAAAAAGUGGGAUAAUUUUGAGGAUCAUUGUGUUGAUAUAAAAUAAACGAGUUUUUCAAA